AAAUAUGUUAUUAUAUAUAAUUUAUUAUUGUUGUUUCUUUCUCAGUUGUUGACUAGCCUGCUAUUGGAUAAUGCUGAACAGUUCAAGAAAAGAUAUCAAAAGGAACUAUUACCACAAACUUCAGUGGGGAAAUGUCAAGUAAUUAAGCAGGAAUUUGAAAUAUCAAAGACCAUUACAAAGGACCUUUUGGAAAAUAAUAUUGGUCACGUCAGAAUGGAUAAGUUAAUUCUGCCUAUUGUAUCUGUUUGUUUGACUGUUAUUGAUGGCUUGGCAGCUGUCCAUCAUUACAUUGUCCAAAACCAAAAGGUUUCAAAACCAACAACACAAAAUGAAGCACAUACUUUCCUUCAAGAUCUGAUAGAAAAGGUGCAACUAUGGCUUAGGCAAAAUCAUCAGUUUGCAUCUAAUUCUUCUCGACAUUUGUUGGCAAGUGCACUAAAGGUUUGGGACAACGUGAUAAACUUAGAGUUGCAAGGAACUGAACUGAAAGAGCGCUGGGAAGAGAUGCUUUUGGGAGCUUUUGAAGAUGAAAUUUGCUUACUUGACUCAGACACAUCUAGUAAAGUUUUUAUGAUAGGCACGGACUUGCAUAUAUCAGAUGUACUGAAGGAAAGACUAACUUCAUCAGCUUUUCAUUCAUUUGAGGAACAAAUGAUGAAAAAUCCAAGCAAUGUUCCACAAACAAGACCUUUUGGAUUGAUGAUGUCAAGGAUGCUGGAGAAGCAAUGGCCAAAAAAUCACAAUGAAGAUGAACUGCUUGACUUUGUCUUAAAAUUCCAGCCAUUGUCUCAGUAUUUUGAACGCUUUUAUGGAAAAGAAGGUGAUUUAUUGACAAGGGAAUGUAUUGAGCUUCUAACUAUAGCCAACUCUCUCCUGUCAUUGACUACUCAAACCAUUUUGGAAGGAAGCAUUUGUGUGGGAAAUCUGAAGAACAUUUUGUCACAGAAGGAAAAUAUCCUGAAACUUGUGGAGGCAGCUGAGGCAAAUUUCUCUGAUCCAUCGGCAAAUAAAACUGAUAUACACCAUUUGAAUAGAGUGCUUGAAGUUAGAGAGAAAGAGCUGCAAUACUGUGAUCAGUACUUGAAACAUGCAGAUGUGCUGAUGUCUUGUUGUGCCCAUCUUCGUGCAGUAAAUACUGCAGAGAUAGCAAGAAUUGUGUCUGAGACUUUAGCCACAAUGAACGAAAAACAACUUGAUAAACUUGUUGAUCAUCCUGCUGUUAUCAAAACACAAGACAAAUUUGAUAUUACUACAUAUCGACCAUCAGUGAAUAUGUUCUGUAUUCCUCAUAACCUUCUUUUGGUUAUUCCUCAUCUGGAAAAACUGAUGCAAAGUGGAUUGUUCCAGACAAUGUGGCACCGGGAAGGAAAUAGUGAUACACUCAGUGACAGUUUAGACUCUGUUCUUCUUAUGUGGAAAUUUGCUAAACAAAAAUGGGAUGCAUUGAGCAAGGACAUAAGAAAUGGCACGAUAUCGUUUCAGGAUAUUCAUAAGCAUGUUGACAACUUCCAUGAUAAUUAUGAAAAAAUCAGACAUGAGUUUACACUGAUGAAUGAUGAUAAUGUCCCAUCUCAUUGGGUGGAAGAACGAAUACAGCAACUAAAAACCUUCUCAAUUCUGAAUAAGAGUCGAAAGACUGCUUCUGAAAUUUUGAAUAUUCAGCAGUUGUUUGGCUUUGAAGGUGAUUUCAAGCCAAUCCACGCAAUUCUGAAUCUGACAAAACGUGGAAACGUAGCAAUGAAAGAUAUGGACCAAUCUGUUCUAGAAACCUGCAGCUUACUGGAAAGUGUCACUGACAAACAGAUUGAAAGCUUGGCGGCAUUCAAAGAAAGCAAACCUCUUGUUGACUGGCUAAGAAAGUCCAUGAAAGAUGGUUUGAAAGAGUUGAAGGUGUUUGUGGAUCUGGCUUACAUUUCUGCUGGAGAGGGGGACAUUGAGAUUCAUAAAGUGAACUGUCUACAUGCUGCAACCACAGGCUAUGCUCCACUAGUGUUUGACUGUGAUGAGCAAUGUGAUUACGCUAAAUUUUUUGAAAGAUGCAAAUUAAUGUGGAGAGAACUACAGACUAACCCAGAUCUUCCACAAAAGUUGCGAGACACAGCACAACAUUUGGAAUGGUUGAAGGAGGUGAGCCAGUCCCAUGGUUCUGUGGAGGUGACCUCUUUGUCUCAAGCUGAAAUGAUCAACUCCAAGGGCGUGUAUCACAUUGGAAACAUUAAUGAUAAUACAGUACUUCCGCAGUUGGAUUUUGACAAUGUCAUCAGUCUGCAUGUGAUGCCAGAUUGUGCUGCAGGUGAUGUCAAAAAUGUUGUCAGGAAAUACUCCUAUAAUCAGUUGGUGGAUCUUCAAAGUCGUCUCAUGUUGGUGGCAGGAAGAGCUCAAAAAGGGAAAGAAACUGUUGACCAGUUCAUGAUGAUUUUAGAUGGCAUUGUGCGACUGGCUAAGUUCUACAUCAAACUCAUCUCAGAUGGUUGUGUUCUCUUCAAAUGCUGGAAUGCAGAGUUUUUUUGUGAAAAGUCUCGUUAUGCUUGUGCCAUUUUGAGUUUUGGUGAAAGCUCUGAACCACUGAAAGGCUACCGACGGAAUCAUCAACUUGAAGACUUCAUAAAUGCUUUGGCAAAUGUUUUUGAGGAUUGCCACAUGGAGUGGUUGAAAUAUUUAAGUGACAAACGUGACCAGUAUUUAGAGCUGAAUUUCUUCACAAUUAGCCAACUGGUUUUUCUACAGAAAGAGCUGAUCAAGAUUGGAACCAAUGUGGAGCCAUCAGACUUGGUAUUUCCACUGCUGUCACUGAUCAAGUCAGAAUGUUCCAUGUCAGACAUACAGCAUGCUAUGCAAAGUGCUAAAGAUGAAAUAUUCCAGAUAGAGAAGACAGAAGAGUCAGCCCAUUAUGAAUCAGAAGAUGCACCACUGCAAAAUGUGGACGUUGAGCAAAACUUUAUACAGGAAGUAAUUAAAAAUGGAUUUACUGAGACCUUAGCACAAGCUGCUUUUAAACAUGUUGAAGAUCAGGCUGAUAUAGAUUCAGGAGUUGUAUGGUGUUUGGAACAUUGUCAAGAUGAAGAAUUCCAGUCUUCUACAGUGGAUCCAGUUGAAGCAACUUCAGAUGCUUCUGAAGAGCGGUUUUCUGGGUGGACCUCAGAGGAAAGUUCAUUUGCAUCUAGAGCUGCUUUGUUAGUACAGAAUCUUCCAGAACAGUUUAGACAAAGUACAUCAGUCGAUCCAGCAACUCUCACCAAGAAUAUUGAGCACAUCUGGAAAACAUUUCUGGGCUCUGUAUCCUCCAGUGUGGCUGACUACCUAAGUGUUGAACAUCUGGGAAUCAUUCUACACAAGUUGGCUUUAUCAUGUGACCAGUGUAUAGAUCGAAAACUUCCUGUUCAGCUAAAACCAAGAACACCAAACUUGAUUGUUUGCCAAAAUAGUGAUAUGCUGAAUGCAGUGCUUUAUUUGUACAUGAAAGAUCCCAGUAAACCACUGCCUCAACCCGAUGAGGUUUUGUUGUGCACACCAGAAACAAGUUUUGACGAGGUCGACAUUUUCCUAAGACGAGCAUUUUUCAGUUCACUUGGGAAAAUCCAUUGUUUGGCAUAUGCUGAUCUCUUGCGAUAUGAAACUGAGGAAAAGGUAGAAAAGAAGAUCAUUGACUACAUUAAUGUCGCAAAUGCUAAAGAUUGUGACUACAAACUUGUAGUUCUGUGUUCAUCAGAAAAUGAGUUCCGAGCUCGCCUUGUAGCAGCUCUUGAUCGUCAUCGCUGUCAGCCCCCUAUAAUCAGAGUGAAGAACAUCAAAGACUACCUGACAGAGAAGUUCACAGCAGUCCAUAUUGAAGAGGAUAAAAGCUCUGCUUCUUAUAUUGAUUUCUCACAUUCUACAGUGCGUGUUGUGAAAUCCAAGAGAGCUGGCAUUGGAAAGACUCUGUAUAAGAAACGCAGAGUGGCAGAACUCCGAGAACUGAAUCCCAUGUUUAGAGCUAAAGACUUGUCAGUAUCUAUUCCUCUGUAUGAGAAGAAUGUGGUCAUGGCACAGGUUGCUGACAGACUCUUGCCUUGCACUCUGAAACCUGGACAAGUCUUUCCAAGGGUUUUUCAUUUGAACAUUUCAUACGAGGUCCAGGAAGGUUUGGAUUAUCUUCUGUUCAACCUGUUGAUUUUGGGGAAAGUGUCAAAUGAAAAAGGACACAUCUGGCUCCGCUCAGCCAUGGAUCUCUACUUGGUUGAAAUUAUUCCUAUUUCAGAUGUCAGGGACCACAGAAACAUCAGUGCACGUCGGUUGAUACAUCCCAUAUUUGAAAUUCUGCCACAUGUGACGUGUUGGUCUCCACAAGACAGUUUACAGAUCCUUACUAAAACCAGUAGACCUGAUGAUUAUGAGAAGAAUGAUCUGCUGUUUGAUGUGGAGGAGUUCCGGAGUGUCGUAUAUCAGCGGCCAUUCCAGUAUUUGUUACGACAGGAAAGUAAAGCAAGUCUGAGUGAUAUUGAUCCUUCAACACCACAGGGAGACCCGGCCCAGUGUCUUAUCACACUUCUCAGACACUGUGGGGUACCAGACCCCUCGUGGGCGGAGCUCCAUCACUUUGUGUGGUUCCUGAACACUCAGCUGUGUGACUUUGAGAGAUCAGCUUUCUGUUCUCCAGAACUCCAAGAUGAUCUUCCUGGCUUCUCACUGUUUGUUCUCAAAUUUCUCAUCCAGAUGUCACGGGACUUUGCCACUCGGUCUCUGAACAUGAGUGAAGAAACACCAAUUGGAGAUGUAGAACUAAAGAAACUUGAGGAAGGGCUAAUACAACAUGAAGAACUAAUGGAACUUGAGGCUGAACCAGUGGAACCAGAUGAUGAACCAGUGGACUUCGAAGAUGAACCAGAGGAAUUCGAAGAUGAACCAGAGGAUGAACCAGAGGAAUUCGAAGAUGAACCAGAGGACUUGGAGGAUCAAAUAAUGGAACAUGAAGAAGAUGUCGAUGAACCAGAGGAAUUCGAAGAUGAACCAGAGGACUUGGAGGAUCAACUAAUGGAACAUGAAGAAGAUGUCAUAUAUCGAUUUCAGAUGAGACGAACUUGGGAAAGCAGCCCACAUCCAUACAUAUUUUUCAAUCCUGAUGGACACACAAUGACAUUUUUGGGGUUCAACAUCGACAGACAGACUGGAGAUCUCAUAGAUCAGCAAACAGGGAUUGUGUUAGAGCGACGAAUAAUGCCACAGAAUCUUCAGACUUGUCUUCAUAGCAACAAAGUCCCUCUGAAUGAAAACUUUGAUCAGCUACAAAGGAUGAAACGUUUAGAGAAGCUCUACAAUGUGAUGGCGCCAGGAUUUGACUAUUACUAUGACCCAGAUCCAACAUAUGAACUAACUACAGACAAUGUCAAAAAAAUUCUGGCUAUCUUCAUGAGAUUCAGAUGUAAUAUCCCUGUGUUAAUCAUGGGUGAAACAGGAUGUGGGAAAACUAGACUGGUCAAGUUCCUGUGUUCCCUUCAGUGUCCUCCUGGAGUUGAAGUUCAAAACAUGGUCACCAUGAAGGUCCAUGGUGGUACCACAGCUGAUGAUAUUGUCAAGAAAGUUCACAAAGCAGAACAGCUUGCUCAAGCCAAUGCAGAGAUCAAUGAACACAUGUACACCGUUCUGUUCUUUGACGAGGCUAACACAACAGAGUCGAUUGGUCUGAUCAAGGAAAUUAUGUGUGAUGGGACAAUGGACGGUCAACCAUUACAGCUGUCUGACAAACUUAAGAUAGUGGCUGCAUGUAACCCAUACAGGAAACAUUCUGAUGAGUUGAUACAAAGACUUGAAAAAGCUGGUCUUGGUUACCAUGUUGAUGCAGAAAAAACAACGGACAAGCUUGGUCGUGUUCCAAUGCGUCGACUUGUUUACCGGGUCCAGCCAUUGCCACAGAGCAUGCUGCCACUAGUCUGGGAUUUUGGACAACUGAACACGACGGUGGAAGAGCUGUACAUCAGACAAAUGGUCAAUCAUUAUGUUAACAGUGACAUGUUACCACGAAUGAUAGGGCUUGUUGAAGUUGUCAGCUCAAUCUUGAUACAAUCACAAAAUUUCAUGAGACAACAAGAGGAUGAGUGCAGUUUUGUGAGUCUGCGAGACGUUGAACGAGUCCUCAAGGUUAUGUCUUGGUUUUACGAACAAUCUCAGGACAACCGAAUUCUGUUUGACAUGAUGGAGGAAGAAGAAACACAGCAAGAUGAAGAAAGUGAGGUUUCUGAUGAUGAGGAGGAGGAGGAGGAAGAGGAGACAAAUGCAAGGUGGCCAGAUGAUUUGACAAAGUCACUAAUUUUGGCUCUUGGUGUCUGUUACCGAGCUUCUUUGAGAAGUAGAGAUGAAUAUGAUGACCAUGUAAUAAGCUUUUUCCAAAACCCAUGCAGUCUUCCUGGUGGAGUGAGACAGUUUGUUGAUGUCAUCACAAGAUGUCAAGAUGUUUUCCUUGAAAAUGUCCAACUGGAGGAGAACAUAGCUAGAAACCAGGCUCUGAAAGAAAAUCUCUUCAUGAUGAUUAUCUGCAUAGAGUUACGCAUUCCACUGUUUCUUGUGGGAAAGCCUGGCAGCUCCAAAUCCCUGGCCAAGACCAUCGUUUCCGAUGCAAUGCAAGGAAACACGGCCAAAGAAGAACUUUUUAAACAGCUGAAGCAAGCUCAGAUGGUGUCAUUCCAGUGUAGUCCUCUGUCAGUAGCAGAAGGCAUUCUGGGAACAUUCCGACAGUGUGCUCAGUUUCAGAAAGACAAGGACCUAGAUAGAUUUGUGUCCAUCGUGGUGCUCGAUGAGGUGGGAUUGGCUGAAGAUUCUGUCCGCAUGCCUCUCAAGACUCUGCACCCAUUGUUAGAAGAUGGAUGCCAUGGGGAUGAAACACCAGAGCCAUACAAAAAGGUUGCCUUUAUUGGCAUUUCCAACUGGGCUCUAGACCCGGCCAAGAUGAACAGAGGAAUUCUUGUCCAGAGAGAGGUUCCUGAUGAGAUGGAACUUCUAGAAUCUGCAGAAGGAAUAUGUGCAAGCAAUCCAGGUGUUCUGCAGAGUAUCAGUGUACUUUUACCCGAGUUGGCCGAGGCUUAUAAAGCAGUGUUUGAGGAAAAUCUUCACAAACGUGAAUUCUUUGGAUUGAGGGAUUUUUACAGCUUGGUGAAGAUGGUGUAUGCAUUUGCUGCACAGCAGCCACGUCCCCUCUGUUGGCACCAGCUGGAACACUCAGUACGUAGAAACUUUGGUGGCCUCGAUACUGUGGAUCCUGUUGAAAUCUUCAAAGACAAGAUUACUACUGUAUCUAAACGAGAAAAGCAACAUGAAAAUGAUCCUGUCAACACUACAGCUGGUCUGAUAGAAGCAGCUCUCUUUGGAGAUGGCACUGGAAGUGAGAAUCGUUAUCUUCUGCUUUUGACCGAGAACUAUGGAGCUCUUGGAAUACUACAACAAAUGUUAAGCAAGCAUAGAGUUGUCACAAUAUUUGGAAGCAGUUUCCCAAAAGACCAAGAAUAUACACAGGUUUGCCGCAACAUUAACCGCAUCAAAGUGUGUAUGGAAACAGGAAACACAGUGAUUUUGCUCAACCUUGAAAACCUGUACGAGAGUUUGUACGAUGCCCUGAAUCAAUACUAUUCUCGAUUUGGUGGAGAACGUUUUGUUGACCUUGGCUUGGGGACACACCGCGUGAAGUGUCGAGUACACAGAGACUUCAAACUGAUUGUUGUGGCAGAGAAGCAGAUUGUGUAUGAAAAGUUCCCGAUUCCUCUGAUAAAUCGGCUGGAAAAACAUUUCCUGAGAUUGAACAACAUAAUGGAUGAUCGCCAGUCCCAUUUUGCAGUUGAACUUGACUUCUGGGCAAACCGUUUUGUUACAAAAUACCAAACAGGAUUUAACAGAGAAGAGACUGUGAAUGUUGCCGAUGCUUUCAUGGGCUACCAUCCAGACACCACUGCAGCCAUUGUUUUGCACUUGUGGAAUGAAAAAGAUUGCCAUGAUGCUGAUAAAUUCUUUGAAGAUUGCAAAAAGAUGCUUUUGUGGUGUGCUACACCAGAUGCUGUUCUUCGUCUUACAGAAACCCGACUAUACAAUGAGAAAGAUUGGGUUUUAGAUACUUAUUUUAGAGAACAGCCUCACGAUGAUAUCUUCAAAUACAUGAUGUUCAAGCUUGACAGAUCCAAGAGUAACAGUUUAUAUGCUCAGGUAACAACCCAUUCAAAGCUUUUGACUGACCAGGAGAAAAAAGAGAUCUUAACUUACUUUGACUUAACAGCAAACAACAUAAUUCUUCUCACUCUCCAGUCUUUUGAUACGGAACAGCAAUUCUGUCAACAAAUCAGAAACUUUGUUGAGAAGUCUGGCAGUGGAUUGAAAGUCAUGUUGAUACAGUGUGGGUCUGGAGACAAGAACAUGAGUUUGAUAAAGAGUGCCCAGUACUGUGUUGUGGAUGAACUUCCUCCUGAUGACCGGGAGUUUGCUGUGUUUUUCAUUGUCCAGCUGCCCAGAGUAGCUGGUGGAUGUUUUACAGGAUUUAUGGCUGGAAAGUGGCAUUCUCUGCACAUUGAUGAGUUACGACCUGAAGGAAACCUUCCGUCAGUUCAUCAGCUCUACAACAACACUCCUGCCAAUGUGCUGCAAGGUCGAGCUCCCCGUGAAGAACCCAGCAGAGUUACUCCUAAUGAUACACAAAUGGGACCCUUAAACAUGGACUCCCAUCUUGCCAGAGAAGUCCAGCAACAUGAGGAAAUGGAAUUGACUGAAAAUACUGUUGAUCAAGAAAACGUGGACCGUGCUGCAGUUGAUUUGGACAAUAUUGUUCUUGAAGAGGUGCCUCAAGAGGAAGUAACUCCCAUGGAUGUUGAACAGCCUGAUACAAGUCUGCCUGCUUACUUCCAGGAUCUGAUUCUAAGAUGUAUCCAGUCUGCUGCUGCGCUGGUCAAAGAUGACGUGCAGGAUUCGAAGAGGUCCACAAAAAGAAUCGAGAUUCUGCUUUAUUUUCUGGAAGACCCAAAUUAUGAAAGUGCAGAAUUCUCAUUUUUGGUGGGUCUAAGCAACAUGAUAAUCAGAUUGCAGGAAGAAAAAGAAGUUGAAGUAAGUGGACCUACAGCUGGUAAUUGGCUUGCUAAGGAAGCUGCUAAGCCAGAUAAUGUGAAAAAAGCUGGAACAUUCAGGCGAUCCUGGCUGCAGUGUCUUGAAAACAAGAUAGUUACAGUGUUAGCUGGAGUGGUGGCCUUCCUUGACACGAACAGGAAUUUGGACAUCAUAAGAGACAUGCCGAGUGAUCAUUGGGCUCACAUUCUGUGGUUGAGGAUUCUGCACAGUCCCUCUGUCUGUCAGCUCCACUACAAAGACUUGCUGUCCCCAGAAACUCACCAGGAGCUGGGUGAGAUAAUUCCAUACAACACCGGAGUACACGGAAUGCCUUUCACAGCAGAGCUGCCUUUCUCGUGGUUACUCCAACAGCUUAUUGAAAAUGCUCUCGCUAAUGCUGAAUACAGUCAUCUCCAAGAAAGUGAAGAGAUCAGUGAGGAACAUGCAGUAUUGGCAUUUGUGAGUCCCCUUAUUCUUAAGACUCCCUAUGGAAAUCUUUUGAAUGUGGUGUCUGCAGAAAGGGGAAGUAACCAAAAAGAGAUUAUCAUGGCCUACAUUAAAGAUUUUGUGCACACAAAAUAUCUGUGCUCCAGUUCAGAUAAACAUCAGAUUCUGUGUGAAGCCUUAUACAUCUCAUCCAGACAAGCCAGGAUGGACAUAACAAGUUUGGACUUGAUGCCAGCACUGGUUGCAGUACAUUGCACUCACUCACUUGUGAUGGGCAGACUACAGGCCUUCCAGGACAUUGAGCAGGUCUGGCCACAAGUGCUGGAUGCCGUGUGUCAGAUGAGGGAACAAGGAAGACAUGCUCUUCUUCGUACUGAAGAAAUGACACUGGAUGUUUUGGGUCUUUCUCUGCUUCUGGAGCAGCUUGAACCACAGAAGGAACAGCUGAACAAGGAAAGAGGAAGAACAGAAUGGUUGGAGAAAGUCAAAACCUUUUUACCAGUCAUUCAAAGAAUUCUGGACAAUGUGGACAAUGUGGACCUUGAUCUUGGACCAGUGUGCCUGGAAUACAUGCAAAUAGUUAGAUGUUUGUGGACAAGAGUGAUAACUAUGAAGCUGUUUUUGGAGAGUUUCUCAGCCAAGGAGAAUAAGAAAGUAUCUGAAAACCUUGUUGCACGAUGUAUGCCUCUUUGGCAGUUGCUGGGACCAAGGGCAGACCUGAAGACAAUUAAAUCAUUGGACAAGGUUGAAACAUUUCUGAGAAGUGUCAACACUGGUAUUUUCCAAAAAGUGUCUGAAAAACUGGGAUCUUGUUCUUACUGUGCAAGUACAUUUCAAGCUCCUCCUAUUAUGUUGCCAUGUAAAGACAAGAUUUGCAAGAAAUGCUACAAUGACUUGCGGGCUCUUGAUCGUCAGUGCUGUCCGACUUGUCAUCGAGAUAUUCCAGCCAAUUUUAAUUUUCAGUCAACAUCGGCAAAAAAUGAUAUAUCAGCAGAACAUCAGUUAUUCCAGCAGUGUUGUAAUACCUUCCUCAUGGCAGUUGUUUCUAAUCUGUGCUUCGGAGGAGACACGGCUCCUGAGGAUGCCGUCAUUGAAAAGAUCCUGACUUACAUCACAAGGAAGACGUCAUCACAAGGACCCAGUGCAUCAGAAAGACUACAGACAAAGCAGAUGACAGUGUUUGAUGAUCUGGUUGAUCCCACUCCAGUGGUGAGAUCGUUUCUGCUGAAGCUGCUCAUUCACAAGAGUGGUGACCAUGUUCAGGAACAUCUUGAGGACUUCCUCAAACAAGCUGAAAAACUUAGACAACAGACUCUGCACAACUCUGGCAUUCUCCAGUUUAUUAUUAUGGUCAUUCAGUGCCUUGAGGAUCAGCUUCAUGAAACUGCAGCUAUGAAAGAUUUUGACAGCGAGAUGAAGAUGGCAACGCAGUAUCUCAGUCUUGCAUAUCAGUGCAUCGAGAGUGCAAAUAUUGAUAUGGCCAAAUUACAGACCAUUGCAAAUGCAAGAUUUGGUUUGAUGACAGUAGCCAAGUAUCUUCACAUGCUUGUAAUUGAAGAAUCAAUUAUGAAAUCAUCAGUAUUCACAAAAAUGCUCUCACAAGCCAGGGACUUGAUUGAAAUUGAAAACUUUGAUUGGCCAAAGAAGUUUUUCAUCAAGCAAUUGUGCAGGGAAUUUGGAACAGACAGCUACCACAGAAUUUGUCAAUGGGGUAAAACACCAUGGCUUGCUAUAGAGGAGCCAACUGAAAAGGUGAAGGAAUGUCCAGACAGAUAUGUGGUUUGUUCUUUACACUAUCAGAAGAUUCGCGACAUGGUGGCCAAAACACUUCUCGGAGAAGAUGUGACUCGUCUAGAAUCAAUCAUUAGUGAAACGGCCAGUCCACUGAAUCAGAUGUAUCUGUUCUUAGCCAUCCACCAUGAAGUCACUUUGAAAUAUAUUCAAUCUGAUGUCCAACAAGACCAAGCCUUGGCCAAAGCUGUGGAAAAUCUUGAUACGUUUGCUGACAAUACAGAAAGUAUAAGCAAUAUUGAUCUGCACCAGCUGCUACAGAAUCACUUUGGACAACAAACUCAUCUGCUGAACUUCCAGCCAGGACAAAGUCUGAGAGAUCAGAGCAUCCUCUGCAUGCUGUUUCACUUUUCUCUUGUUCUGAGAAACUGUCCGGAAAAGAAGAACUUCUUACAUCCACUGAUUGCUAUGGCUACAAAUCCAGCUCUUUUCACUGAUACACUCCUGCCAACAAUGCCACAAGAUGACAUUAAAAAGAUGAAGGCAAUUAUAUUGGAAAGUGUAGUAAAGGAGGAUAGUAAUGCACAAGUGGUGGUGUAUCGCUGUCCCAACGGUCAUCCAUAUGUAAUUACUGAGUGUGGUAGGCCAUACACGGAAGGCAGGUGCAAUGAAUGUGGUUCAAAGAUAGGGGGAGUUAGUCACAAAGCAUUUGAGGGAAAUGUUCAAGAUUCAGGAACUGAUCAAACAAAGACCGGUCAUAUUUUGGGUGAUGCUAACCAGCGACCAAACAUCUCACCAUCAGAACGUAAACUGAGUAGUCAAGCUUGUGCCUUACUUCGACUGCUAACUCAUGCAGCUCUACUCCUCGGCUGUGAUAUUAACCUAGAAAAUUCGGCGCAGGAUUCAUACAUGUACGAAUUUCCUGACGGUCCGGUUCAACCGACACCACCAGUCCCAUUGUCUGCUUCGGCAGGGAUUAGGGAAACUGCAGCUUUCUUGGGUGUGCCUGUGUCUACACCGAUGGUCAAUCCGGACCUGUCAGAUCGGGGUAGAGGUUCCAGGCGUUAUCCCUCGACUGCGUGGGCGGAACCUUUCAUUCAGGGUCCGAUGGUUUCGGGUCGCCCUCAAGGGCGGACUCGGGGGGACUAUGUUUCUCUUUUUGAGAAUUUCAUGGCCUGGCUAGGGGAAUCGCCUCCACCAAUCCCUCCACCGCCGGGGUUUCCAGCGAGACCGGGGUUGGACCAGUUUGCAGAUUCGGCCGGUCCGCAUCGUCCUGCCCAUGCAGUUUCGUUUCCGUUACGGUCAGCGCAUGGCGUGUCGUUUGAAAAAUAUUCUUCUUCGGAAGAGGAUUUUCCCUCCGAAUCAGUGUGUGGUUUGGGGGAAGGGUCGGUGCCAGGUUCGGUGCUUGAUGAAAUUCCCAAUUUGGCCGAUGGUACGCCAGACGGCGAUUAUGAUUACCAGGCAGUUCUUGGUUUUGUACAGGAACAGGUCCGACUGGUGUGCGCGGAUGCAAUUCCGUCAGAGGAGGCUGUUCAGUCUUACAAGGGUGUUUCGUUUGGAAACCGGCCUUCCGCGGCAGGAUUUCGGCUUGCCGUUAGCGCACGAGGCGCAUAA